AUGUGUCUGUGUGUAUAAAUAUUACAUGCCAUGCAAAGAAGAACAGCUACAACAGUUUUACCAAACUCUCCUACUGCUAAAGCUUCCAUGGAUUUCUCCCUCCAACAAAUAAACACUUCCAUAGCUGGGCUUUUUUCUUUACUUGUAGUUUGCUACUACCUCUACAGAAUAAUUAAGAGUAGAGUUACUAGAGGCAGUAGAGCACCAGAAGCUGGGGGUGCAUGGCCCAUAAUAGGACACCUUCACCUCUUAGCUACUGGUCCUCAACUUCCUCACAUAACCUUAGGAGCCAUGGCUGAUAAGUACGGACCAAUAUUCACCGUCAAGAUCGGUUUGCGUCGCGAUUUGGUGGUGAGUAAUUGGGAGGCUGCUGGGGAAUGCUUCACCACCAAUGACAUAGCCAUAUCGUCCCGUCCCAAGUUUUUAGCAGCCGAACACUUGGGCUACAACUAUGCCAUGCUUGCGUUCUCCCCUUACGGUGCCUAUUGGCGUGAAUUGCGCAAGAUAGUGUCCGUGGAGCUACUCUCAAACCGCCGAUUGGAGAUGCUCAAGAAUGUCCGAGUCUCUGAAACGAAGAUCUCCAUGAAAGAGCUUUACGAGCUUUGGGCCGAGAAGAAGAACAGCUCCGGUCGUGUUUCGGUGGACAUGAAGCAAUGGUUUGGGGACCUGACCCUAAACGUGGUUGUUAGAAUGGUUGCUGGGAAGCGAUACUUUGGUGCUAAUGCAGGGAGUGAAGAGGCACGACGAUGCCAGAAGCUAUUGAGGGAAUUCUUUCGCUUUUUGGGGCUCUUUGUGGUGGCCGACGCCAUUCCUUUUCUAGGAUGGUUGGACUUGGGUGGACAUGAAAAGGCCAUGAAGGAAACUGCAAAAGAAAUCGACAAAAUGGUGGGGGAAUGGUUAGAGGGGCAUCGCCGGAAGAGAGACUCCGGUGAGUUUAGAGUUGAACAAGACUUCAUGGAUGUGAUGCUUUCUGUUCUUGAAGGCGCAGACCUUGCCGGAUACGAUGCCGAUGCCAUCAACAAAGCCACAUGCCUGAAUUUGAUUUCAGGUGGAGCCGACACCAGCACGGUUAUGAUGACAUGGGUAGUCUCGCUACUGAUGAACAACCUCCAUGUGUUGAAAAAAGCUCAAGAAGAAUUAGAUGUCCACGUUGGCAAGCAAAGACAGGUGGAUGAAUCAGAUAUUUGUAAACUGGUCUAUCUCCAAGCGAUAGUCAAAGAGACCCUUAGAUUAUAUCCCGCAGCUCCACUCGGAGGGCCUAGAGAAUUUACCGAGGAUUGCACUGUUGGUGGCUAUCAAAUCCCCAAAGGAACACGACUAAUGUUGAACUUAUGGAAGCUCCAGCGGGACCCACGACUGUGGUCAAACCCUUCGGAGUUCCAACCGGAGAGAUUCCUCACCACCCACAAAAAUGUUGAUGUCAAGGGUCAACAUUUUGAGUUGAUCCCAUUUGGUGCCGGUAGGAGAAUUUGUCCCGGCACAACUUUGGGCCUUCAGCUAUUGCACUUAAUACUUGCUACUUUGCUUCAUGGAUUCGAUCUUUCAACCCCAAACAAUGCACCGGUUGACAUGACAGAGAGUGUCGGAUUAACCAACAUGAAAGCUACCCCACUGGAAGUUUUUGUCGCUCCCCGCUUGUCUCCUCAUCUUUACUAACACAACAUCAUAAUAGAAUGCUAUGUUAAAAUGUUCAGAGUAUCAUAUUGGUUUGAUGGUAACUAUGAUGUCUUUUUUUUCAUCCUGUGAGUAUAUAUUAGCAAAAUUAAGAGAUUUCCAAUUUACGAGGGGAAUCCCAGCUCCUAGUCAAUGUGAGAUAUAAAUUUGUAAUGUGAGCAAAUUUUGGAAUCAAAACUUGAUGAUAUAGUUGUAUUUUUGUUUA